AUGUUUGUUUCUUUCCCUCAAGCCGUCGGCCAUUUGGCCCUAGUUCUUGGACUUCUACCCAAUCUUGUCCUCUCCCAAUGCGGUCCUGACAACGAUGGAGCACGCUGUCCCUUGAAUGUCUGCUGUUCAUCAGCCGGAUACUGCGGAACAACGAGCGUGUACUGUAGUGAUGGUUGUCAGUCUGCGUACGGGAGCUGCUCUGUACCUACGGUUCCGUCUUGCUCUUCUGACGGUAAGACGGCGACCAAUGGCCGUCGCGUUGGAUACUGGCGCGUACAGCAGGCUUGGGACCGAUCUUGCGAUGUCGUCCUUCCUUCCCAGAUCCAGACCAAUGGAUUGACCCAUCUGAUCUUGGCGUUUGCCGAUUUCGACUCGAGUAGUUUCGCUGUUGGCGCUCAGAACUCCCAAGAUGUCGAAUACUAUAAGCAGUUUACCGCUUUGCAGAGCAGCUCGCUGCAGACGUGGAUUGCCAUUGGAGGCGGUAGUUUUUCUACCGGGACUUGGUCUUCCAUGGCGGCUUCAUCCGACUCUCGAUCUGCGUUCAUCUCGUCUCUCAAGUCCUUCAUGGAGACUUACUCCUUCCAGGGUGUUGACCUUGAUUGGGAAUUUCCAGCGACCGCCGAUGCAGCGAACCUGGUCUCUCUCGUCCAGGAGCUCCGAGCUGCCUUUGGGAAGGAUUAUGGUAUCUCAGCGGCGGUGCCAGCGGACUGGGGCAGCAUUCAGGGCUUCAACGCUGCUGGCAUGGGCAAAUACGUCGACUUCUUCAACUUCAUGGCCUACGACUUGCACGGCUGGGGGAUUGAUCAAGAACCAGCCAAGAGCACUGUGACCUACCAAGCCAGCAUAGUUGAUAUCGCCAACGAUCUCAUGCCGCUCUGGGCGAACCAGACCGACCCUUCGCUUAUCAACCUCGGUAUCCCCCUCUACGGCCGCGGGUAUACACUCUCCUCCUCUAGUUGCAAAGAGGUUGGUUGUGCUGCCUCAGGACCCAGUGAAGAGGGUUCUUGUGUCAAAGAUCCGACAGGCGUCAUGGUGCUAAGUGACAUCAAAAAGGCCAUAUCGGCCAAUCAAGCUACUGUCGAGCUUGACAGUGAGGCUAUGCAGAAGUAUGCGACUUGGGGGAGUGAUCAGUGGGUAGGCUAUGACGACGCUGACACACUGGCACUGAAGAUGGCUUGGGCUGAUGGAUUGUGCUUGGGCGGCGCUGUGUUUUGGGCUCUCGAUAAUAAUGGCGGUGCGUGGGGUGCCAAAGGUAAAAGCCCGUGCAAGGCAUAA